AUUUCUCGUUUUUCCUGACUUCAAGGCGCAUUUUCAUGAAGGACAAUAUUUUGUGGCGACUCUUCCAUUCUGUCCCCCAUUGGAAACCCAUCCAAACAAACAUGUUUCAACAGGAUACAUUAAUAUGAAACCACAAACAAUUAGGCGAAUUUAGUCAAUAUAAACAUAAACAGUAAUUAAAUGAUUGUGUGGAGUGAUGAACAAUGGUUGAAGAGUCACUUCCUGAACUUUCUCAGGUCCUUGAGAUUCGCACAGAAGAAGAUGUUCACCAGGAGUUAUCGAGGAAACUCGAUGGAUUAUCACAGCCAGAGGCACCUGACCCUGCGGACGAGGGGCAAAAUAUUCAGAGGCAAGUCGAGCUGGGGGAGAUCACACCCUUCGAGGCUGAUGCCAAGAAGAAAUGUCUGUCAACUACUGCUGCCACUGGGACCUUCAACGCCACAACAGGUCUAUUGGACCUCGAGAAAUACCUCAAAAGGCAGGCUGAGGUGGCAGCAAAGCGCAAACAAAAUCCCAAAAAGCCUUCCCAAUCCGCUAACCCCUCCACAAAGCCUCAUCCCUCUCGGAGACGUCCGGAAACCCCCUCAGAAAUCACUGAAAAGCUUAAAAAGUCCAAAGAAAUUCCCCUUAAACGCAAAAAAUCCUUAGAACUCCCGCAUUCCGUCGAAAAACCCCAAAAGUCCAAUCGAAAUCGUAGGAAAUUGCUACCCCCCUCUCCCCAAGCAUCCGAAGACUCCCUGAAAAGUCCAUCAACCCCUCCCGAUUCCCUGCCUCCCUCCGAAAUUUCCCGUGACUCUGAAACCGGCAGUGAAUACACUCCGUCCUCUGACGAGUCCGUCACCCCUCCCUCAUCACCGCGUCCCCAUAAACGCAAGCGAAAUCCCUGCAGAACUCUAGACGACGGUGACGAGGAACACUACCACUCACGCCUCUCCAAGCUCCCCAGGGCCUCUGUGAAUCCCUCCCAGACCUCCCUGCGAACAAUCUCCAACCUCUUCAAACUCCCCAAGUCCCUCUGGAAGCGUCUGUACCCUUUCCAGCGUGUGUCAGUCCACUGGUUGUGGGAGCUCCACACGAGGAACUUAGGAGGCCUCCUCGGUGACGAGAUGGGCCUGGGCAAGACCAUUCAGAUAAUCGCGUUCCUAGCGGGUCUGGACUGCAGUGAACUGCUAUCUGACGGCGGUCGUUUCCGCGGCCUGGGACCAAGCCUGAUCGUCUGCCCAGCGACCUUGCUGGAGCAAUGGGUAGACCACUUCCACUCGUGGUACCCAGCCCUCCGGGUGGCUACCCUCCACCAGUCUGGCAACUACCAGGGCACCCCCUCGGACCUCCUGGAGUCCUUGAAGACAGGUGGCGUCCUCCUAACUUCGUACACAGGCGUCCUCAGGAACUCUGACGUCCUGAUACCAUUCAAAUGGCACUACGUCAUCCUGGACGAGGGCCACAAGAUCAGAAAUCCCGCGGCGAAGAUCACGAAACUGGUGAAGAAACUCUCAACCCCUCACCGCUUGCUCCUGACUGGAAGUCCUAUGCAGAAUUCCCUGAAGGAGCUCUGGUCACUUUUUGACUUCAUCCUGCCGGGAAAGCUGGGCACUCUGGACGCCUUCAUCGAGCACUGCGCAACGCCGAUCACCCGGGGAGGUUAUGCCAAUGCGUCGACUCUCCAGGAAGCGACUGCCCUGCAAGUGGCGACCAUGCUGAAGGAAGCCAUCACUCCGUACCUGCUGCGUCGGACCAAAAUUGAUGUUCAGCAUCAUCUCACCCUUCCUGAUAAGAACGAGCAGGUCCUCUUCUGCAGUCUCACGCAGGAGCAGACCGACCUCUACAAGAAUUAUCUCACCUCCGAGAACAUCAAGACCAUCCUGCAUGAGAAGGCAGCGGACGGCCGGGGACGGGCGCGCAUGCUGAUGGCGGUGACUGCCCUGAGGAAGAUCUGCAAUCAUCCGGAUCUCUUCACCUACACCGCGGAGUUGCCGAGGUGCGAAGCGUACGGCGACGAGGAGGAGGAGGAGGAGGCGAUCGACGAGAAUGUCGUCCUCGAGGAGUUUGGGCACUGGAGGAAAUCGGGAAAGAUGGCGGUGGUGCGGUCGCUCCUGAAGAUCUGGAGGAAGCAGCACCACAGGGCCCUGAUCUUCACGCAGGGACGCCAGAUGAUGGCGGUGCUGGAGGGGCUCCUCCAGAAGGAGAAUUACAAGUACUUGAGACUGGACGGUACCACUCCCAUGGGCGAGCGACAGAAGAGCAUCAAACUCUUCAACUUGGAUGACUCCUACUUCGUUUUCGUCUCGACGACGAGGGUCGGGGGUCUCGGGGUCAAUCUCACGGGAGCCAAUCGCGUCAUUAUUUACGAUCCAGACUGGAACCCGGCGACUGAUGCCCAAGCGAGGGAGAGGGCUUGGAGGAUUGGUCAAGAGAAAAAUGUUACUAUUUAUCGAUUGAUCAGUGCGGGAACCAUCGAGGAGAAGAUCUAUCAUCGGCAGAUCUUCAAACUUCUGCUGUCGAAUAAAGUUCUUGAUGAUCCUCGACAGAGACGACUCUUUCAGACUUCAGAUUUGUCCGAGCUGUUUCAUCUGAAUGAGCCAGUAGAUGGUACCGCCACAGAGUCCGAUCGAUUGUUUGGGAAUUCCAUCGUUACGAAGAAGAAAUUGAAGGACGGGAGGGCCAAGGGAGAGAUCACGGUGUCCGCCAUGUUUGAAGGGGAGAGGGUGGACUUUUUGGUAGGACGGAGACUGGGGAAUAGUGGGAAGAGGGAGACUGAGGAGGUCGUUGAUGAUGACAAUUAUGUGUUGAGUAAGUUGUUUUCGAAGAGUGGAGUUAGUUCAGCUAUGGUGCAUGAUACGGUGCUGGCCAGUGCCAAACUAGAGGGACAUAUGGCCACACCUGUACAUAGACUAGCUAGGGAGUCUGCCCAGGAGAGCAUGGAGGGGAUUAGGAAGAGCCGAAAGUGGUGCUGGAAGCCGCAUUUUUAGGAUUGACAGCUGGAUAUUCGUCUGCAUCUUCAGGACUGAGCUCUGAUGUCUGGGGUUGGUGUUCAUAUUUCCCCUGUGAUGGCGGGGGAUACAUUUUCGGCAUUUUAGGGAGGGGAGAUAGAGGAUAGUCUGGAAAAUUUAAGGAUAAAACGAACGAUUAUUAAUCCUUUCAUCUCAUGUUGUCCCCGAGUCUUUUGAGAAUGUAGUUGUGAUCUUAAAAUCACAAAUUUGAUCUUGAAAUCGAUUAAUU